AUGAACCAGAGGACUGGCUUGCUGGAACUGCGCGUCUUCGAAGUCCCCCAGCUCGCUCUGCUGCCCCCGGGCGGGGGUCGGAGCCAGUCACUGCUCGGACCGCCGGCCAAGGGCCGAGUCCGGAAGGGGCGGGAUCUUCCGACGGCGGCAGAUCGCGAAGAUCCAUAUCGUUCGUAUGCUGCCUGCGGAGUGCUCGCGCCGGUGGGUCCGGCGCUGCUGGGGGGGCGGGGGCGGGGGCGGGGGCCCGGCCGGGCGCUGAGCCUCCGGUGCUUCCCUCCCAGGCUGGUGGCCGAGCUGCGGGACGCCCUGGACUCCUGCGCCGAGCUACAACGGCAGCUGGAGCAGAGCCUGCGAGUCUCCCGGCGGCUGCUGCGGGCCUGGGAACCAGCCGAGACCCCGGCUCCGGAGCCAACCCCAGGGCCAGAAAUUAAUGAAGAGGCCCCGUCUUCAGCAUGCCCACCCAGCCCUCAGGACCUCAAGGAGCUGGAGCUUCUGACCCAGGCACUGGAGAAGGCAGUACGAGUGCGAAAAGGCCUCUCAAAGGCUGGAGAAGGAGUCAAGGCCCACAGCUUAAAGUCUGGGUCCACUUCCCCUGCCACCAGAGCCUCUGCCCCACCCAGCACCUCACACUGCGCUGGCAGCUGUGCACCAGGGACAAAACCCCCCAGAGGCAUCCGCCACCCGUGGGUGCCCGCAAAGGAUCUCCCUGGGCGCAGGCUUCUGUUGGUGGGAGAUGGAGCCCAUAUGGGGAAGGGGGCCGGAGCCAACAAGCCUGAAGCAGGCCUCAGGGACCAGCAGAUUAUCCCCCAGGCUGCUCCUCCAGUUCCAGAAGCCUUUACACUCAAGGAUAAGGGGGCCCUACUGCGGCUGCCAGAGGCCUUCAGGAAGGCGGCUUCCCGGAAUGCCCGACUGUGGGCCCAGCUCAGCUCGAUGCAGACCGGGGAUUCUGUGGAUGCUGCUGCUGCCACCGCCAAAACCCAGUUCCUCCAGAAAAUGCAAACAGCCGCAGGCCAGCCCGGCUCCAGGCUCAGCUCGGCAGAGGUGGGGCGCCUGCAGAAGGCCUGCUCACUGCUGAGGCUUCGAAUGAGGGAGGAACUCACGGCAGACCCCAAGGACUGGACGCAGGAGUACCGCAGCCUGCUCACCCUGGAAGGGCUGCAGGCCCUGGUGGGGCAGUGUCUGCACAGGCUGCAGGAGCUGCGCUCAGCAGUGGUGGAACAGCCACAGGGGCCGUGGCCUGAGGGGCCCCCCAGGGCCGCCUCACCCUGUGGAGGAGGCGCAGACCCAAUGUGGAGCCCCCAGCUGCUUCUAUACUCCAGCACCGAGGAGCUGCAGACCCUGGCGGCCCUCAGGCUGCGGGUAGCCAUGCUGGACCAGCAGGUCCAUCUGGAAAAGGUCCUGAUGGCUGAACUGCUCCCCCUGCUAAGCGAGCAGGAGCCCCUGGGGCGCCCCUGGCUGGCGCUGUGCCGGGCUGCGCACUGCCUGCUCUGUGAGGGGGGCCAGCGCUUCCUCACCGUCCUGCGAGAUGAGCCUGCUGACCGACUGAGCCCUCCCUGAGGCCAGGCCCACCUCAGCCCCCAAACCCACAACAAGGCAGGCUGGCUCUGCCCCCAGCCCGACUGUUGGCAAGACCCCCCCUUCCUAGUAAUUAAACGAAUGGGCAUCAAGGGCAUUUUCACUGGUGCAGUGAGCGGGGGCCAGAGGAGCCUGUGCCCCCUUGGGAAGCAAGGUUUCCAGCCAGCGGGAACUGCCCCCGACUCUUCCUGGGGAACUUAGAGCCUUCCUCACAUUUGCUGAACUUGCUGGUCAGGGUUUGGCUUUGCUUGGCCUUCCACCAGCUUGGGAGAAGAGCGGCUGUGGAGACUUUCUGAGCUACCUGCUUUCUCUUGCUGUACACUCACAAGCCGCUGUGUGACACCAAAAGUGCUUUAGAAACGUAAUUUUAAAUCAUACCAAGGUGGGA